AUGGUUUUAAAUGCAAGCCGGGCAUUUCGCUUUGCCCAAAAAGGGUCGAAACGUUUUAUGUGCUUAAAAAAGUUAAACAUAAGCCGCGAUAAGGUUUACGAAAAAAUUAAUCCAUUUAAAAAAGGUUGUAAUCUUUUUCGAAGCGGUUUUGCUCGCGGUAUCCUUUGCUUUAAACGCUUUUUUAUGCUUGGCUUUAAAAUUACCUUUGCCUUUAAACGAACUUCCUUUUUUUCGGUCGAAAGGAUCGUUUGCCAGGCCAAGCGUUUAAAUUUAUGGUUUUUAACGUGCUCGGCCCGGGCUUUUGCUACGAAAAAGUUAAAAUCCAAGGUUUCGUUGGCUUGCACGUUAUUCGGGAACUUUAAAUUAAGCGCUAUUACGAAAAGAUCGUUAUUCGUACUACCUAUAAUUGGUAGCAAUCGAAAAUUCGUAAAAAUAAAGCGGUUUUCGGCAACGUUCGGGAUUAACAACGGAAUUUGCUUCGGCAAAAAAAACUUUGUCGAAGGAGGUUUUGAAAGCGGUUUAAAAGUCGCCGGGCUUAUAACUGUUGCAGGCAAAAGGGAUAGGCACGUAAUUAAAUUAAAAUGUUGUUAUUUAAGUUUAAAGAAAAAGGAAUUUUGCUGGAAAAAAGGGACGGAUUUAACCUUUUUAUAUAAGUACAAAGGAGCUUUGGAUGGUCGGUGCACAAAUCCCGGAUUUAUGCAUGGCGGUCCUCCAGAGCCUGUGCAUGCGCUUAAUAAGUAA